AUGGUUUGGAUUUGGGCAACAAUUGGGUUGCUUGUACUUGUUCAUAUCCUCCAAGCAUGGUGGAAGAACAAGAAGAGGUUACCUCCUGGUCCAAGAGGUUUUCCUGUUUUUGGAAGCCUCCACUUGCUACGAGACCUCCCUCACCGGGAUCUUCAUCGACUAGCCCGAAAAUACGGUGACAUCAUGCAUAUGCGGUUAGGUCUUGUUCCCACCAUUGUGGUCUCUUCCCCGCAGGCUGCCAAGCUGUUCCUGAAAACACACGACCUUGUUUUUGCAACUAGGCCACCUCAUGAAGGUGCAAAGCAUCUCUCUUUUGGGCAAAGGAACUUAAGCUUUGUUGAGUAUGGCUUCUAUUGGCGCGACAUCCGAAAGAUGUGCACCCUUGAGUUACUUAGCAAUCACAAAAUCAAUUCCUUCAAGUCUAUGACGAAAGAAGAGGUUGCUCUCUUUAUUGAGUCUAUCCAAGAGGCUGCCAAUAAUGGACAUGUUGCUAUUGAUCUAAGUGACAGAGUCUCAUCUCUCAGCGUGGAUAUGAGCUGCCGGAUGGUGUUGGGGAAGAAGUACAGAGAUGAGUAG